GUUAGCGUCCGCGCCAUCUCAGCCCGGCAGUGGCGGCGAGGCCGGCUCUCGGUGUAUGGUUUGCCCUGCCAAGCGCUUCUGCUUGGUGCCAGCAAUGGAGGGCGUGCGCUGGGCCUUUUCCUGCGGCACUUGGCUGCCGAGCAGAGCCGAGUGGCUGCUGGCGGUGCGAUCGAUCCAGCCCGAGGAGAAGGAGCGCAUUGGCCAGUUCGUCUUUGCCCGGGAUGCUAAGGCAGCCAUGGCUGGUCGUCUGAUGAUAAGGAAAUUGGUUGCAGAGAAAUUGAACAUCCCUUGGAAUAAUAUUCGUUUGCAGAGAACUGCAAAAGGAAAACCAGUCCUUGCAAAGGACUCAUUGAAUCCUUAUCCCAAUUUCAACUUCAACAUCUCUCAUCAAGGGGACUAUGCAGUGCUUGCUUCUGAACCUGAGCUGCAAGUUGGAAUCGAUAUAAUGAAGACUAGCUUUCCAGGUCGCGGUUCAAUUUCAGAGUUCUUUCAUAUUAUGAAGAGAAAGUUUACCAACAAAGAGUGGGAAACAAUCAGAAGCUUUAAGGACGAAUGGAUUCAGCUGGAUAUGUUUUACAGGAAUUGGGCACUGAAAGAAAGCUUCAUAAAAGCCAUUGGUGUUGGAUUAGGAUUUGAAUUACAACGACUUGAAUUUGAUAUAUCACCAUUAAAUCUGGAUAUAGGUCAAGUUUAUAAAGAAACUCGUUUAUUCCUGGAUGGGGAGGAAGAAAAAGAAUGGAUAUUUGAGGAAAGCAAAAUAGAUGAACACCAUUUUGUUGCAGUAGCUCUUAGGAAACCCGAUGGAUCUAAACAUCAGGAUGUUCCAUUUCAAGAUGAUUCUAAACAUACCCAAAAGCAGUUUAAGAUUCUGACCUUUAAUGAUUUAAUAGCGUCUGCCGUUCCUAUGACACCUGAAGAUCCUUCAUUUUGGGACUGUUUUUGCUUCACAGAAGAAAUUCCAAUACGAAAUGGUACAAAGUCAUGAUACGAUUCCCUAAGUAACAAAGAAAAAUGAAAACUUUGUAAUUUUCUGUAUUCACUGAAAAAUAAAUACUUAAUAAUAUCAAAUGUUGUUUCACAAAACAAGUUAAAAUAAAACUUGUUCCUGGUAAAAAAAAGCUGACUUCCAGUUCAAGAUCGCUCACUAGAACACAUUUACCUCUUUUUUCUCCCUCAAAUCAGGUUAAAUUGACAGAAGAAGUAGAAAAAGAUGAAAGAGUCUUAAACACAUACUAUUGUAGAAAAUGCAAAUAUGCAAAGUGGAAGCAUUUGGAUCCUACCUUUCAGAGAUAACUACUCUUAGGACUUUGUGUAUCCUUUCAGACCUUUUUCUUGGCAAAUGAAUUCUCCCAAACAGUUGUUUUAAAAGAGAGCAUUCUUUGUUGUGUGUUUUUUUUGUUGUUUUUUUGUUUUAACUUAACUGUGCAUCUACUGUUCGUAAAUAUCAAUAAAUGUACUUCUCUGGCAUAACUUCUUUUA